UUUGGUUACCAAUUACGUAAUCUUUGCAGGUAUGGCAAAUCGGGUGACUUGCGGUAGCCACGCACUACACACCGCAAAGAGGCUGUUGAUCUGAAAAGCCGUCUGCUGAUGUCCUUCCGAGCCGAAGUCUAUAAAAUUGGAACAUUUCGAAUGUCCCCUGUUAUUCGUAAUUUCGAUUCGAUUAGGGCGCUAUCAGUGUUUGUCUUUAGUGCCAUAUGUUAAGUUGAGUUGUUGAUAGUUGAGAGCCUAGUAUGAAAUUGGUGCUUCUGUUCGGUGCGCUGGCGGCCGUGGCCAGUGCCGCUCCAGAAGGAUAUAAUUACAAUCCGCCAGCCGUAAGCAGUACGUUAUUUUUUCCGUCGGCUCCCAGUUUUUCCCACGACAGUGAUGACUGUGAAGAACCUGCCCCGCAGCCUCAAGUGUUUUUCCAGCAUAGUUUACCAACAUACGCUCCGGUUCAACCAGCACCGCAACUGUACCAGUUGCCUUCGAAAACUUCCAUUGUGCAACCUUUGAAAACCCAAAUAUCCUUCUCAACUCAGCACCAACAAGGACACUCGUACCAGCAGCAACACGGUUGGAAUGUACAACAAAAAGAAUCCAGCAGCUGGAAGUACACGGAACCGGCAAAAAUAAAUCAUCACCAUCAGCAGCAAACCAGCAGCAUCUGGGUGAAACCACAGCCAACCAUUGAAGAAGUCUACAAGCAUGUGUAUGUUCACGUUCCACCGGAAGACAAAGAAGAUUACGAGGCUCCGCGAGUAAUUCAACCGGCCGCCCACAAACAAACCCACUACAAAAUUAUCUUCAUCAAGGCACCAAGCCCACCCCAGCCGAAGACAGUCGUGCUACCACCUCAACCGCAAAACGAAGAAAAAACUAUCGUUUAUGUAUUGCAUCAGAAGCCCGAACACGAGCAGGAAGUAAUCCUCCAACAACCGGAACCAGCUAAGCAAAACAAACCCGAAGUUUACUUUAUCAAGUACAAAAACAAGGAAGAACACAAGCAGGUGCAUUACUCUUCAUCAACGGCUGCCCCUGUUGUGAGCCACAAAAAAGUCGCGGAAAGUGCUUCCAGCAAAUACUCAUCCGAAUCAUCCGGUUCUAGUUAUUCCUUUGUCAGUAGCACUCCAGCACCAGUUGUGUACAGUACAGUGAAAGAGCACGUAGUUCCAAGUUACACGUACGUCAGUAGCACUCCUGCAACCGCCACCUACAGCACAUCGUCAUCCCAUUCCACUGAUGAUAGCGCCAACAGUGGAUACUCCAGUGGAAGUAGUUACAGCUCUUUCACCCAAGGAAGUGGCACCUCCGCCAGUGGAUACGAUAGUUACGUCGAUCUAGGUAACUCCGGAUACUCCAGCUUCCCCAGUGGAGGAGGAAACCAGCUGGGAGUGAUCAAUGUUCCAUCUGCCGAAUAUGGUCCAGUGGUCAGUACUACCGUAGCCCCCCUAGUCAAAGUACUGCCAACGGAAGCCACGUAUGUGAGUACAACGUCACACAGCGAUGUAGUCGGCAGCACAGUCGGUCUACUGACGGACGUCGCCAUCAAGAACCCUGGCCUCAGCGGGUACUCCAGUCAGUCAACUGUCGUUGCUCCAGCCAAGAAAAAGUGCCGCCGAUGUGCCAGUACAACCAGUGCCCCCCUGAAGGUGGUUCAAGACGCUUACGUGUCCAACCUGUAUUGAGGAGGCACGUUUAGAAAUGCUUCGUUUUUCUUUCAUUUAAGUAGUUUCAAUAGAUCGCCUAGGCAAUAAACAUAGAGUUACAUAACCCACAUAGGUAAAGUUUUCCUUCUGUAAAACCCAUAGUUCGCGGGGAGUCCAAAAUGUCUUGCUCCCCAGCUCGCCAUUGCACAGGGCAGAUGGGUCGCUGCGUAACAGGAAAAACCACGGACAGUCAGAGGAAAAAAAAGUGAAUGUUGAACCAUCAUCGUCGUCGGAUCAACCGUUGAAAAUAGGAAAAACAAGACCUCUAACAUAUGGGUUUGCAUUUUUAAUCAAAAUUCACAAAUCGCAUUCUCCGCGGCGAACGGCACAGCGGUGCGGCACGGGGCGCCAUCAGGUAUGUCCAUUAGCAAGAUGAUUAUGCGCACUUCGCAAUCUGCACUGCCGCGUAAUCUUGUUACCUGCGGAGUGAGAUUGCUUGUUUUACAAACGCAUGGUCUGCUAACGUAGCCGUACGCACUGAGGGGCUGGUUGGAAAAAAUAAAACAUAAAACAUGUGCCCGAGAAAAGGACCAACAUUAUUUUACCAGAAGCUAACAGAACAGCACCUACAAAUAUGUCAGGAAGUUUAGUAAAAUAUAAAGAAAAAAAAUUUUUUAGUCAAAAUUUAAAAUUGUAAAAUGAAAUCGAAUUAAGAUUAAAAAGAAAUUUAAAUCAUGUUAUCAGACAGAUUGAUAUUGAAAAUGGAUUAAUUAUCAAAGCGCUACGUAAACUACCGGUGUAUUAAAAUGUAUAAGCGCAAUAAUAGUCGGAAUCUGCAAAAGUAGAGCGCUGGAAGAAAAAAAAUCCAACUAUGGUUAACAAAUCGAUAGCGGAGAAACACUGCGUACUUUAAUGGUUUUUAUCAUUAAUAUAACAGUUAAGAUGAAAGUCAGAAGUGAAAUAAGUUUAAGUUGUGAGAUAAGUCGAAAGUUGAACAUCUACUCAAUCGCCAUAUACGAGAUUUUAUUAUACUUUUACUUUUCUAUACUUUGUUUCUUGUUUUUUUAUUUUAUUAAAUUUGGUUCAAACUUUUUUGUUUAAGCUUAAUUUUAUUCCUUCUUAAUUUAUCUCUCUCUCUCUCUAUUUCACUGCAUUCUAUCUUAAUGUAUAUCUACCAGCGGCUAGCGUACUUUCUCUCUUUCUCGCUUUCUCUUUCUCUCCUUUUUUCUCGCUUUCUCUUUUUCUUCCUUUAUUUUUCUCUCUCUUCCAUUCUCCCUCUCUCUCUCUCUUUCUUUUUUUUUCUUUCUCUCUCUCCAUUUCUCUCUUCUCGAUCUCUCUUAAUCUCUCUUUCUCUCGACUUGUCUUUCUUUCUCUCGACUUAUCUUUCUUUCUCUCGGUUUAUCUUUCUUUCUAUUUUUCUCUUCCUCUUUCUCUCCCUCUUUGUCGAUCUCUCUCUAUCUCUCAUCCCCUCUGUCUUUCUUUAUCUCUCUCUUCCUUCCUUUCUCUCACUCUAUUUCUCUCUCUUUAUCUUUCUUUCUCUUUCUUUAUCUCUCUUCAUCUCUGUUUAUCUUUUUUCAUCUCUCUUUCUGUCCCUUUGUCUCUCGUCUCUCUCUUAAUUUUUCUCUCUUCCCUUUUCUUUUGCUUUUUUUCUCCCUAUUUCGCUCUCUUUUUACCUCUUCCCGUCUUUGUCUCUCUCUUCCUAUCUCUCCUUCUUUCUCUUUCUCUCUCUCUCUCUAGCUCUCCUUCUCUAUUUCUCUUUUUGUUUGAAUACUCUUUUGCAACUCCUCAAUGCGCAUAGGGUAAAUAUAAAGGAAUUGAAUUGAAAGCGACCAAUUUUUCGAACAGCGAAAAUUUGAAAUUCUAAAAUCCAUCACAAAAAAAACAUAAUAUAAAAAAAAUCACCUCUUUGGUAGUCUGACAUAUGAUCGUGAACAAAAUUUCAUCAAAAUAAUCAGGACACAGGCGUUGUGUAAAAAAAAAAUGGAUUUGCAGUACACGAACAGUAAAAACACAAGAACAAAUUGCGAUGCUUAAUUUUUAAACAUGAUUUGAACAAGUAUCCUUAAACAUUUCAUUUACACGAACGCAUGAAGAAUAUACGACGAACAAUAAUAAAAACACUAAAAAUAUCGA